GGGCGCCGCCGCCGCAGCUCGCCGGGAACUGAGAGCUACCUGCACAGCAAGAACUCAAGAAGCGCUCUUAGGACCGGUUCACUCUCCAGGGAGUGAAAGAGAGGCAAAGAGAGAAGUGGAGACAUUGAAGCACCACUCUGCCAUUUGUGAAGCUUUUCCCCACAGCUGCUGCUAUGUGGUGGCCCGGGGUUCAAACCUGGGUCCUUGUCAAGGACUCAAGAAAGCCUUCAGCACCCAGCCAUAAGCCGAAGCCACUGAGCAGAAAGGCGAAGACACCACAACCUACUCUGUCCAGGUCAUGGAAGCAGGACCGUGAGCAGACUCUGGCAGCAGCCUAUGUGCCAGUGGUGUUGGACCCCAGGGGGCUGAACCCGGACAAGCUCAAAUUCAACUUCUACACCUCCCAGUACUCCAACUCCCUCAGCCCAUUCUAUACCUUGCAGAAGCCCACCUGCGGCUAUCUGUACUGCCGGGACACUGACCACAGCCGCAAGGUCUUUGAUGUGCCACCUGCCAACCAGAUCAUGUGGCGUUUCUAGGUGUGUGCCAGUCACAAGUGUCCCAGCCUGCUCCCCUGUCCCCUCUGUCUUCACUGUCCCAGGUCCCAGAGGGGAAGGGCAUCUCACUUGAGGAGGAACUGAUGGUGCCCAGGCUGGGGACACUGCACCAGACUCACUGUCAACUGAGAUAAAAGGAAACCUUUCUUCUCUGCAGAGAUAAAAGUUUGUCCUUCCUUUCACUGA